UUCCACUGUGGCAGGGCCCGCCGCUGCUGUCGCCGCUGUAUGGCUGACCCUCCGCCCGUAUCGCCGCCUCGGCUGCCGCCGCCGCCGCCGCCUGACGUGCAGCUGCUCGACCUUCGCACGGCCACCACGUACCAGGACUCGAGCUCCUUCGACAAGCAGGCGCCCGUGAACGACCUGUCGUUCGCCGACAGCACGACGGGACGGCCGUGGGCCGAGUGCGGCCACUACACAAGCCAAUGGUGGGGCGUCGACCUCGGGAGCGAGGCGUAUGUGCGCUACGUGCGGCUGCAGAACCGCAACGACUGCUGCGCGGAGCGGCUGACGGACGUCGACAUCUAUCUCGGCUCGACGGCGGAGACGUACACGGGCAACGCGCUGGUGAAGUCAGACGUGAGCGUGUCGUCGAACGUGAUGUUGGAGGUGGAGAUCAACGCGUUGGGGCGCUACAUCUACCUCAACCGGCCGUCUGCGGCGGGGCUGACGGUGUGCAAGUUCUACGUCUUCGCCUCAGCCGCACCGCCUGGGCCGCCGUCGCCGCCGCCGCCAUCGCCGCCUCCCCCAGCUCCGCCGCCGCCGCCGCCGUGCAGCGAACUGGAUGGCCGCACGCAAGUCCCCCAAGGCGGCGCCUGCAAGAAGUUGAUUGACUUGGGAAACUGUAGCAGCUACUACGCUGGCCCCUUCGACGGAGGAACUCCAAAUUACCCCGAGGACGACACGUGGCGGCUAUGCAGGCCGCCUUCCAACCUCAGCAAGGAGGUGUGCGAUGGCGACAAGCUGCUCGACCUUCGCACGGCCACCACGUACCAGGACUCGAGCUCCUUCGACAAGCAGGCGCCCGUGAACGACCUGUCAUACGCCGACAGCACGACGGGACGGCCGUGGGCCGAGUGCGGCCACUACACAAGCCAAUGGUGGGGCGUCGACCUCGGGAGCGAGGCGUAUGUGCGCUACGUGCGGCUGCAGAACCGCAACGACUGCUGCGCGGAGCGGCUGACGGACGUCGACAUCUAUCUCGGCUCGACGGCGGAGACGUACACGGGCAACGCGCUGGUGAAGUCAGACGUGAGCGUGUCGUCGAACGUGAUGUUGGAGGUGGAGAUCAACGCGUUGGGGCGCUACAUCUACCUCAACCGGCCGUCUGCGGCGGGGCUGACGGUGUGCAAGUUCUACGUCUUCGCCUCAGCCGCACCGCCUGGGCCGCCGUCGCCGCCGCCGCCAUCGCCGCCUCCCCCAGCUCCGCCGCCGCCGCCGCCGUGCAGCGAACUGGAUGGCCGCACGCAAGUCCCCCAAGGCGGCGCCUGCAAGAAGUUGA